AUGGAAGAAACAGAGAAAAAGACUGCAACACAAGAAGGCAGAUUCUUUUCCAAGAUCAAGAUGUUUCUGCUGUCAUUAACGUGUGCAUAUCUAUCCAAAGCACUAUCAGGCGCUUAUAUGAAUUCCAUACUCACACAAAUAGAGAGACAAUUUGAUAUCCCUACAUCUGUAGUUGGAUUUAUCAAUGGGAGCUUUGAGAUUGGAAACCUUUUGUUGAUUGUAUUCGUGAGUUAUUUUGGAACGAAACUGCACAGACCUAUCAUGAUUGGUGUUGGAUGUGUGGUUAUGGGCCUGGGGUGUUUCUUAAUGUCACUACCUCAUUUCCUCAUGGGCCGAUACAAAUAUGAAACAACGAUUUUACCUACAAGCAACAUGUCCUCAAACAGCUUCUUGUGUGUGGAAAACAGAACACAGACCUUAAAGCCGACGCAAGACCCAACAGAAUGUGUGAAACAAAUGAAGUCAUUAAUGUGGAUAUAUGUACUGGUAGGAAAUAUUAUACGUGGAAUUGGUGAAACUCCCAUCAUGCCCUUGGGUAUUUCUUACAUCGAAGACUUUGCAAACUCAGAAAACUCUCCUUUAUAUAUUGGGAUUUUAGAAGUGGGAAGGCUUUUUGGCCCAAUUUUUGGACUUUUGUUGGGAUCUUUCUGUGCACGUGUUUAUGUAGACAUUGGGUCGGUGAAUACAGAUGACCUGACCAUAACUCCCACUGAUACACGCUGGGUCGGUGCUUGGUGGAUUGGCUUUUUGAUCUGUGCAGGAGUGAAUAUCCUGACCAGCAUCCCCUUUUUCUUCUUGCCGAAAGAACUCCCAAAGAAAGGAUUACAGAAUAAUGUGGAUGUAACUAAAUAUGAGAAAGUUAAGAAAUAUAGAGAAAGAGCCAAAGAGGAAAACCUUGGAAUCACUAAAGGAAAACAUGAUUUCUUGCCAUUAAUGAAGAGCCUCUCCUGCAAUCCUAUUUACAUGCUUUUCACCCUUAUGAGUGUGCUCCAGAUAAGUGGGUACACCAAUAUAUUUAUCUUCUGGCCUAAAUACCUGGAACAGCAAUAUGGAAAAUCCAAUUCAGAGGCAAUAUUUCUCAUAGGUGUUUAUACCUUACCUCCAGUAUUCCUUGGAUAUUUAAUUGGUGGCUUUCUAAUGAAGAAGUUUAAGAUUACUGUCAAGAAAGCUGCAUACCUAGCAUUCUGCCUGUCCUUGUCUGAAUAUCUUCUUUAUUUAUGUAACUUUCUGAUAACCUGUGAUAAUGCCCCAGUUGUUGGACUAACUGCCUCUAAUAAAGGAGUUCAGCAUCAACAGUAUGCAGAGAAUAAUGUCCUUGCUGACUGCAACAUAAGGUGUAGCUGCUUAAUCAACACAUGGGAUCCAGUGUGUGGAGACAAUGGUCUAGCAUACAUGUCAGCUUGCCUUGCGGGCUGUGAGAAGUUUGUUGGAACUGGAACUGACAUGGUGUUUCAAAAUUGCAGGUGCAUUCGGUCAUCAGGAAACUCUUCUGCGGUCCUGGGACUGUGUAACAAAGGCCCUGAGUGUGCUAACAAGCUGCAGUACUUUUUAAUCUUAUCAAUAAUGAUAAGUUUCGUCUACUCACUUGCAGCCAUCCCUGGGUACAUGGUUCUUCUGAGGUGUGUCAAGUCUGAAGAGAAGUCACUUGGAGUUGGAUUACAUGCAUUUUGCAUAAGAGUAUUUGCUGGCAUUCCGGCACCUGUUUACCUUGGCGCUUUGAUAGACAAAACCUGUUUACAUUGGGGGACUUUGAAAUGUGGUGAGCCAGGGGCAUGCAGGAUGUAUGACAUAAACAGUUUCAGGCGCAUUUACCUUGGGGUGCCAUCAGCAUUAAGAGGAUCAAGCUAUCUCCUUGCAGUCUUCAUUCUGAUACUUACAAGGAAAUUCCAUUUCCCUGGGGACAUCCACUCUUCAGAACCUGAACUUGCAGAGAUGAAGCUCACUGAGAAGGAAAGCGAGUGCACAGAUGUGAACAGAAGUCCUCAGGUCGAGAAUGAUGGAGAACUGAAAACUAAGCUGUAA